AUGACAAUAGAUAAUAGGCUCUCUUUUGAUAACCACGUAUCAGUUAUCUGUAAGAAAAUAAAUAAUCAAUUUAACGUAAUGCUUACAUUUCGGAAACUUAUUAAUAAGGAGACGCUAUUGAAGCUUUAUAAAGCCUUUAUUUUGCCACAUUUUUACUACUGUUCUUCUGUGUGGCAUUUCUGUGGUGCGCACAAUGCCGACAAAGUGGAUAACCUAAAUAAGCGCAUUUUUAGGUUUAUACUACGGGACUACAGCUCUCCAUAUGGCAUUUUACUUAGCAAAGUUAACAUGAAAUCUCUAUUCAUAAGACGCCUCCAGAACUUCAUGAUCACAUCACAUAAUAUAAGAGUCUGUUCUUUACGAAUUAUCCAGGUUAUUUAA